UAAUAGAGGGACAGUAUGGGUGCAGAGGAGCCCCGGUUCCAACCGGGGCUCCUCCCACCUGACGCCGCUCGCCGCCGCCCGGUUAAGGGGCGGAUGCGCACUCCCGACACACCAGGAAAUAUGGCGGCGCUCAUGACUCUCAGUCAGUUAUCCGGUGGAAACCCGGCCUACGAGAACUACUACCGGCAGCUGGAUUCGGUAAACACCGGCAAGAUAUCCGCUGGAGAUGCGGCUCAGUUCCUGAAGACGUCCGGGCUGUCGGACAGCACGCUGGGGAAGAUUUGGGAUUUGGCAGAUUCAGAAAGAAAAGGAUAUUUGGACAGACGGGGUUUCUUCAUCGCCUUGAGACUCGUGGCCUCAGCGCAGAGUGGAAAUGAUAUCAGCCUUAAUAAUCUCAACCAACACUUAGCUGCCCCCAAAUUUAAAGAUACCAACAGCCCUUUAAUAAGUGUGUCAACGACGGGACCCGAUUUGGAAUGGUCCAUUAGGCCUGAUGAAAAAGGGAAAUUUGAGGCAAUUUUUGAGACUCUGUGCCCUGUAAAUGGUCUCCUCUCGGGUGAUAAAGUCAAGCCAGUUUUAAUUAACUCCAAGCUACCUCUGGACGCGUUAGGAAAGAUUUGGGACCUUAGUGAUGUGGACAACGAUGGACAGUUGGACAGAGAAGAAUUCACAGUGGCGAUGCAUCUCGUGUAUCGUGCCAUGGAAAAGGAGCCCGUCCCAACUACCUUACCCACCUCCCUCAUCCCCCCUUCUAAAAGGAAGAAGAAGCUUGCAGGUGCGCUGCCAGGCGCUGUGGCCGUGCUGCCCGCUCUCCCCGGGCUCACUGCCGGCCUGGCUCCUCUCAAGGAGCCCCUGCGAAGCACUCCUCCGCUGGUCCACGCUACUCCCUUCAGCACCAGCGCUGUCACCCUCUCUCCAAAACACUCCUUCAAAUCCAGCCCACCGCCGGUGGUGAACUGGGUGGUACCGGUGGCCGACAGGGAGCGAUAUGAUGACCUCUUCAAGAAAACCGACAGCGACAAUGACGGCCUCGUCAACGGAACGGAAGUCAUAGAGAUUUUCAUGCAGUCCAGUCUUUCCCAGACUAUGCUGGCACAGAUAUGGGGGCUCGCUGACACCAAACAGACGGGCAAGCUGACCCGUGAGCAGUUCUCUCUGGCCAUGUACCUGAUCCAGCAGAAGGUCACUAAAGGCGUAGACCCUCCCUCCACCCUAACCCAGGACAUGAUUCCCCCAUCAGAUAGGACUGCAGCUUCAGCGGCGGGCCCCAUUUAUGCAGGUCUUAUGGCAGCUGCGAGGCCUGAGGUCGCUGCACUAGCUAAUUUGCGCAGAGACAGCAGCAGCUCCGCGGGAUCCGCCGAGCUGACAGGCAUCAAAGAGCUGGAUGACAUCAGCCAGGAAAUCGCUCAGCUGCAGAGAGAGAAAUUCAUUCUGGAGCAAGAGAUCAGACAAAAGGAGGAAACCAUCAGACAACAAAAUAGUGAGGUUCAGGACAUGCAGAACGGAUUGGACAGGGAGAGCAGCAGCCUGCAGGACUUGGAAUCGCAGAGGCAGGAUGCCCAGGAGCGCCUGGGGGAGAUGGACCAGCAGCGCUCCAAGCUGGAGGGAAUGAUCAACGACGUCAAGCAGAAGUGCCAGGAAGAGUCGCAUAUGAUUUCAUCCCUGCAGAGCCAGAUUCGCUCUCAGGAGAAUGACCUGCAGAGCCAGGAGGACGAAAUGAGCCGCACCAAGUCGGACCUGAGCCGGCUGCAGGAUGAGGAGGCCCUCCUGGAGCAGAGUUUGCUCUCUGGUCGGGUCCAGCUGGACAGCAUCACCAAGUCUCUCAAAACCACGCAGGAGGAGAUCCACCAGGCGCGCAGUAAGCUGUCGCUGAUCCAGGAGAGCCAAAAGGAGGUGACCAAGACCAUUGAGCAGUACAACAGCGCUUUGAGCGACAUCAACAGAGGAAACGUCAGCAACCUGCCGGACUUGAGUGAAGGGUUCGCUGAGAAGGAGAACGGAGGGUUCAGGACUACGGACGACUCUUUCAAGUCAAGGAUUGCCAUGUUCAACAGCAGCAGCAGCAGCAGCAGCACCAGCAGGGCUAAGGAGCCUCCAGCAGACCCCUUCCAGACAGAGGACCCCUUCAAGUCCGACCCUUUCCACGAUCCAUUUGGAGCAGAUCCCUUCAAAGAAAGCGACCCCUUCAAAGGAACCUCACCCGACGAUUUUUUUAGGAGAACUGACAAGUCGAGCGUGUUCGGAUCUUCGGAGCCCUUCAUUAGAAGACCCACACCACCGGCCAAGCCGGGUACCUUCAGCAGUGGAGAUCCUUUCAAAUCCCACAGCCCGAAACCGGACGGGUUCGGUGCAGCGGACCCCUUUGCAAGCAACUCUUUCGCUAACCAGGGAGGCGGCUUUGCUGACUUUGCUCAGAUGUCAAAGAAGUCAGACAACCCCGUCCUCCCGUCAAAGAAAAAUGUGCCUUCCCGACCUGCACCUCCCUAUGGAUCUGAAUGUAUCAAGUUUGGAAGUGAAAACCAGCAGCUGGAGUGGGUGAAACGGGAGAGCGAGCGUGAGGAGCAGGAGAGGCUACGGAGGCUGCGGCUGCAGGAGCAGCAGGACCUGGAGCUGGCGAUCGCUCUCAGCAGGGCCGACGUGCCCAGAGCCUGACCGGCUGCUCCCAACCAACAUCUUUUUUGGACCUCCCUUCUCCUCCUCCUCCUCCUCCUUCCUCUUCACAGUCCUCCGUCCGAAAGCUCACAACGACGGCACCAAGGCUGGCCCGUCGGGACUAGCGGCCCCUGUUACCAAUUUGUGUCAAGAGACCCGUGUUUCUCCAGCCAUGGCUCGGGUCAAACGAGUCCACUUUUAGAAACUACUUACGGCUCAUGGUGACCCAAACUACGUGGCAACUGUAGUCGAGGACAAAAUGCGGGGGGACUUGAUUUGAACUUAGCAAUUUAACGCAAGCCAAACCAGCAGGCUACUGCGCUACAACUGGCUGGCUUUAUAUCGUGUUACGGCUAAUCACCAUGCCUUAUCCAGAAGCCUAAACAACAUUUUAAAGAAUAUUGUACUGUUUUAUUUAUAUACAAAAGCAAUGACUGUGGUGUAUGAAGCUUUUGUAAAUUGCAUUCUAUGAAUAGUUCUUUUUUUAAUAUCCUGUAGAAUAUUUUUCAUUUAAAGUCACGGCGCAACAAUUGGUUUGUCAAAUUGUAGAUUUUUUAAUUUUUUUUCCCUAUCAUCGGUUGCUUCUUCCAUACACAUUUAAGAUGCUUGCGAUAAUCAUCAAGGUCUUUUUUUUUUUUUUUUUUAAUGAAAAAAAAGCCACCUGAAGUCAACAGCCUGUGCUUGUCAGAAUUGUUUGUGAUCGGGUGCCUUUGUUGUUACGCCCGAAACAAUUUGCUCUCCAAUACAACUGAGAAUAUAAAGUGGGAGUAGUAUAAAUGUACAUAGUUUAUACUGGUGCUGUCGCGUUUACUUCUACUCUUUCUACUGCUUCACACUACCACUGACGCACAAGGACAUCUGCCUUCAAUUGUGUGCUUUUCCCUCUCAACACUCAUUCUUUCCCUUGUGUUAUUAAAGUCUUAUACUCCAUUUGAAAGGUUUAAAUGACUUAAAAUAUUGCAUCCUUGUAAUUUAUAUUACUUUAAUCAGGGUUAUUUGGCACAUAAUGUAUGCGUUGUAUGUUCCAGACCUUACAGCACAUGUACAGUGAUGGUGAUAUCAACAUUGUGAUGUAUAACAAUAUGUAUGUGGUUAUUAAAAAGAACCAUUUAAUUUAA